AUGAUAUCUGGAGUUACACAGUGGUUAACAUGUGGUGGAAAGAGUGUUGAUAAAUGGUUUUUUGGUGAGGGCGAAGACGAGAGUGAUUCCAGUGAUAGUAAUGAAUCUCUUGGAAGUUCAGAGCGUUCAGAUGACUUUGACGAAACUUCUGAAGAUGAUUCCGAUGGAAGUGAUACAUUAAGAAAGUCAAAGAAGAAGAGAUCUCAAGAAGAUCAGAAACAAUAUGAUAAAUACAAUAAUCCACAAUACUUUGGUCAACUCUAUAGUUGGGGUUAUAAUUUCUAUGGUCAAUGUGCAUUAGAUAAUAAUCAUAAUCAUAAUAAUAAUAAUAAUAACAAACAAACAGUUGAUGAAGAUGACGAUGAUAGUAAUUUUAAUAUUAUAAAACUACCAACUCUAAUAAAACAAGGUUUAAUUGUAUCGAUGAUUGCGUGUGGUGAUAGCCAUGCGCUUGCAGUGCUACCAAACGAUGCUACAGUGCUGUCGUGGGGUUGCAAUCGUUGGGGUCAGCUUGGUCUUGGUGACCAGGUCAAUCGUUGUCAUCCUACACCGAUAUCGGGACUAUCGCAGUCGAUUCCGGUGUUUGUAGCGGCUGGUUCACAGCAUUCUUUUGUACUUUCAAAGUUUGGCGAGUUGUUUUCGUUUGGGUGUGGAACGUUCGGUCGUCUCGGUCAUGGUAAUGAACUGCCGUCAUUCAAUCCACGUCCGAUUUCAACGCUGGUUGGCAAGCAUAUUGUGAGUGUCGCCGCCGGACUGAUGCACUCGGCAGCGGUCGACAGUCAGGGUGCUCUCUACACAUGGGGAUGGAAUCGCUAUGGACAACUCGGACUUGGCACAGUCAAGAAACACACGCUUCCCAACAAGAAUAAAGAGUUGGAGCGUUUCAACAUCGUAAAAGUGGUUUGUGGAAAGAAUCAUACAUUGGUGCUCGACGUCAAUGGUCAUGUAUAUAGUUUUGGUUUUAACGUGUGUGGACAACUCGGUAUUGGAAGUUACACAGAUUCGAUCAAACCAAACAGAAUAGAUUUGGAUUUGAAACAAAACGAUGAAAUUAUAGAUAUUGCUGCUGGAUACUAUCAUGUAUUAUUAUUAACAAAAAAAGGAUGUGUUUAUUCAUUUGGAUAUAUAAGUGAUGGUGCUCUUGGACUUGGUGAUGUAGUUGGACAUCAAAGUAGGCCAAAGUUAAUGCCUUUCUCACAUUUCAAUCAUGAAUUCAAUGAUUCGAUCGAUUCCUACAAAGAGAUUUAUGGAGAGUAUAACAGUGAUAGUGAAAACGAUAUCAAUAAUAACAAUGCUAAACUGCCACCCAAAGUGGUUGAACUACAUAAUGAGAUUGGCGAUGUGGCCGUAAAGAUUGCUGCCGGCGGUUGGCACAGCGCAAUCAUUACAAGUUCAGGUCGAUUGUAUACUUUUGGAUUGGGUGAUAACUUUAGACUGGGAAAUAACUGUCAAGAAGAUCAAGAUAUGCCGUGCAUAGUCAAUAAGGAAAUAUGGGGUGUCACCAAAGAAACUACCGAUCUCAACAUACUACAGAAUGAUUUAGACUCGAUGUCACUACUGGAGAAACGAAAGAAUCGAUCAAAGAGUCCGAAUUCAAUGACAGGUGUAACAACCAACCGAAACAAUUUAAACAGCAAUGGAUUACCACCAAGAGAGAACAUAGAAGAACCAACAGAAUCUGAAAACUCAACGACAAACCAACCAACAACGACAACAACACUCAACAAUUCAAAUAAUCAUAAUUUAAGCCCACCAACUUCACCAGAAAGCAAUCAUUCAAUCAAAACUGUCAAUGUACAUACAAAAGUAGUUAAUGUUGUAAUCGGAUCUGCAUUUACACUGGCAGUCGUUAAUUCAACGGUAACGAAGACUUAG